AGCACAUGUCAGCUUUAGCUGAAGUUUUCUCGAAGGAACCUUAAAUUUGUGGUCCCACUCUUAAAUUUCGCGUAUUUGGAGUUCGGCAACAUAAAUUUUGCCGGUAAUUCGCGAAAAUGUUGACGCUAUUAAAAUCGUGCUUAAUUGCCCAAGUCUUUAUUGCUUUAGCAUCUGCCGAAGUUUAUUUUAAAGAAGAAUUUUCAGAUGGUGAUAAAUGGGAAGAAAGAUGGAUUUCAUCCGAGCAUUCUGGUAAAGAAUGGGGGAAAUUCGUUUUGACCCAUGGAAAAUUCUAUGGAGAUCCCGAAAUUAAUAAAGGUAUCCAGACUUCUCAAGAUGCUAGAUUUUAUGGACUGUCAACCAAAUUUAAACCAUUCAGCAACAAAAAUAAAGCUGUGAUAUUCCAAUUUACUGUAAAACACGAACAAAAUAUUGAUUGUGGUGGUGGUUAUGUUAAAGUUUUUGACUGCAGUCUAGAUCCUAAAGAUAUGCAUGGUGAAACUCCAUAUUUGGUUAUGUUUGGACCUGACAUUUGUGGACCUGGUACUAAGAAAGUACAUGUAAUCUUUAAUUAUAAGGGAAAGAAUCUGCUAAUUAACAAAGAGAUCCGUUGUAAAGACGAUGUAUAUACUCAUGUAUAUACAUUAAUUGUUAAUCCUGACAAUACAUACAUUGUUAAAAUUGAUAAUGAGAAAGUUGAAAGUGGAGAAUUGGAAAAAGACUGGGAUUUCUUGCCACCUAAAAAGAUCAAAGAUCCUGAAGCUAAGAAACCAGAAGACUGGGAUGAUAAUCCUAAAAUUGAAGAUCCUAAUGACACAAAACCAGAGGAUUGGGACCAGCCUGAAUACAUUCCAGACCCUGAUGCUGUUAAACCUGAAGAUUGGGAUGAUGAAAUGGAUGGAGAAUGGGAGCCACCUCAAAUCACUAACCCAGCUUUCAAGGGAGAAUGGAAACCUCGCUUGCUUGACAAUCCCAAUUACAAAGGACCUUGGAUUCAUCCCGAGAUUGAUAAUCCUGAAUAUGUUCCUGAUAAAACUCUUUACCAAUAUAAUGAAAUCUGUGCUAUUGGUUUUGAUCUGUGGCAGGUUAAAUCUGGAACAAUUUUCGACAAUAUCUUAAUUACUGAUGACGAGGCAGAAGCUGAGAAACAUGCACGUGAUACAUGGGGUGCUACUAAGGAAGGUGAAAAGAAAAUGAAAGAAAAACUAGACGAGGAAGAAAGGAAAGCUGCUGAAACUAAAUCUGAGGAGGAUGAGGACGAAGAAGAUAAUGAAUUGGAAGAAACCGAUGCUGCUGAUGAAUCGGAUGAAUCCACAGAGGGUGAUACACAUGAUGAACUUUAGCUUCAUAAUUCAUCUUAGAGAACUAAGUUAUAAUCAUUUGUUGUACAAGACAAAUAUCUCAUAAUCACCGAUUUUUUCCACCAUAGAAACAUUCAUUGGGUUGGACUUUGUUUUCAAUUUUCAUCAUUUCAAAUUGAUCUGUAUGUAGUUUAUGGUUUGUAUGUGUAACAUACUUUUCUCUACUUCCAAUUGAAUGUUCAGGUCACCUACAUUUUGUUAAGUUUUGUUUUAUAAACUUUGAGACUGCUUCCUAAAUUGGCUGUGCCUCUUACAUUUUGUAAAAAGGAAGGAAAAAAAAAAUUAUAGAAUUGAAAAAUAUUUGUUAUAGAAAGAUUCUGUAUUACAAUGAUUUCAAUUUAAUUGCAGAUUCCAUUCAAUGAAUUUUUCGCAACAUCUGUAUUUAGUGUAUUUAAGUUUAUUUAUCAAUGAAUUUUUGUAUAUUUGAAAAAUAAACUUUAUAUAAAAUUA